AGACGGGCGAGGGCGGGAGACGAGAGCCGCAGCGAGCGACUGCGGCCGCCAGUGUUCCAUUAUUUAUUCGCCGCGCGAGCCGCGGGCCGUAGGUCGCUCGUGGUGUGUGCGGGGCCGGCGCGUCUCCCGUCCCCUGUGUUGUAUCGAGUCUCUCCCGAGUGUUGCAAGUGACUAUUAUGAGUGACAGGGACAGGUCGUCGCCCUCCCUCACGGAUACGCCGCUGAAGACGUACAUAGGCCGACACGACGACGACUACCCCCUCAUAAACGGAAACGAUUUCCUGAACCACGGGGCUAGUUUCAACAAAAAAUACGGCAAGUCCGUCAACAGUAAGGAUGCGCUCGAAGACAAGAAGGAUGACAACGAGCUCUGGGAGGCGCAAGCUGCCUUCCUGGGCCCCAACCUAUGGGACAAGACGUUGCCCUACGACCCCGAUCUCAAGGUACACGAAUACGUGGACCUAGACGAGUUCCUGUCGGAGAAUGGCAUGCCGGGCGAGGGGCUGGGCGGCGCGCACCUGGGCGGCGGCGGCUUCGGCGCGGGCGCGGGGCUGGCGCUGGGGCUGCCGGCGCCCGUCACCAAGCGCGAGCGCUCGCCCUCGCCCUCCGACUGCAUGAGCCCCGACACCAUCAACCCGCCGCUGUCGCCUGCCGACUCCACAUUCUCCAUGGCAUCGUCGGGCCGUGACUUCGACCCCCGGACGCGCGCCUUCUCCGACGAGGAGCUGAAGCCGCAGCCCAUGAUCAAGAAGUCCCGGAAACAGGUAAAUGAAUUCGUGCCCGACGACCUGAAGGAUGACAAGUACUGGGCGCGCCGGCGGAAGAACAACAUGGCCGCCAAGCGCUCCCGCGACGCGCGCCGCAUGAAGGAGAACCAGAUCGCGCUGCGGGCUGGCUAUCUCGAGAAGGAGAAUAUGGGACUGCGACAAGAAGUCGAGCUGCUGAAGAAGGAGAAUCACAUCUUGCGCGAGAAAUUGUCUAAGUACGCGGAUGUAUAAGCGGCCCAUCCUCCCCCUCCACCCCGCAUAGCACAAACACGGCACACGACACGUGAAGCCGCGGGCCCCGGCCCGCACGCCACGCCGGCCCCGCGGCCCGCCGGGCCCGGACCGACCUCUGCAGCCGCCGUCGCCGCGCCGAGCGCUCCUCUUCUGCUCGUCGCGGGAACGAGCUCCAGCUGUAGUACCUCCACACGCCUACCUACGCUGUUGUUUCACCUAGAAUAGUCGGUUCGAUUGUAUUAACAUAGAUCAAUGUUACAUGUUACAGAUUAAGAUUUCUUAUUAUUAAUCUAUUUUGAAAUGUAUUCUCCACAUACCUAUUUCUUGUUAAUGUGACCGAAUCGCCCUAGCUUCAUAGACCAUAGUACAGUAAUUAAUGUGUUUUGACUACCGUAGGUUUAAAUAAUGUUGCAGUUACCGUAAGUUUAUUGACUUAGAUUAAUAGAUAAAUCUUAACCAAAGUUCCGAUGUCUUUCCUAUCGUCGAGCUCUGACCUGCCGUCGUCUCUAAUUCCUUCUUUCGGACUCAGUUCGACACACCACAGGGUUAGUCAACGACGUACGGACCAAAUUUGGAAAUCAUUAUUUUUGAAGAGAUUAGUCGUGUCCCGUCCCCUGGCGUGGCGUGCCGCCGCCGAGCGCCGCAGCGUCCGCGCAAGUUAAUGUUGAAUGUACGUCGCCGGCGCGGCGCCGCCGCACGCAGAUUGCUCAAGUGGCUCGCGCAUGCGCAGUAGUAGUGGCUGCCUCUGUAUAUAGAUAGUUGUAAAUAGGCCCCAGCCGGCCCCGGGCCGCCCCGGACGCCCGACGCCGCGAAGCGAACCACGAGGUCGCCGUCUGACACCCGUCCGUCGCCGGGCCCGGCCCGCCGGCCCGCGCCGUUGGUCUCUCACUUAGCUCGCUUGUAGGACUGCUCCAUAUGAGAUUAGAUCCUAGCGGGGCCCGGGCCGUCCACGCCCCGGGGCCCGUACGUACCCUCUGUCGUUUCUGUAGAAAACGAACACUAGUUUCGUUUCAAAUUUACUUAGUGAAUAGUUUAAGUAGUAAGUAGAUUCCGUAGUGUAGUCGUUAUUAGUCUAUUUUUGUUAUGGCUGUAGUUGUUAACGUUUUGAAAGUUUAUAUUAUUUUUUUUAGUUGUAAAGAGACUCGCGUAUUGUGUCGAUAUGGGUAGGACCCGCAUUCUAGAUGUAAUUCGGCGCCCCGCGCCGCUCACCGCCCGCUCCCUCCCUCCCGAGUCCCGCCCUGCCCGGCGGGAAGGCCGCGGGCGCGGCGCGAGCGCGAGCGUGCGGCGAACCUCGCUCGCGCUCGACGCUCGCGCCGCCCGCGCCCGCGCCCUUCCGCUCGCCGCUGCGUCGUUGGACGUUCCCCUGCACUCUCUUUGACUCGUGCUAUUGUUAUAAUAUAAUAUUUUUGUAGGUUUUUGUCGUUGAUAAAUGAGUCAAUUGAAUGUUUAUUGAAUUGAAGAAAAAAUAAAUGUUUAUAAACUAAGACUAAGAAGUUGUUGCAUUUGAAAGUAUUAUAUGAAUACAAAGCGAGAACAAUAAAAUGUUUUUUCUAUAAAGGUUUACAUGUGAGGGAUUCUACAAAGGUGUGAUGGUCGACUUUGAAAAUAAUUGUUUCAUAUCAAAAUGAUAUUAUAUGUAAUGGACACUUAAAUAAUGUUUACCAGCCGGGAACGGCAUUUGAUAUUCCAUCUUGUUUGUUAAAAAGUAUACAUACCUUGAAUUAUUCAAUAUUACUCAUAUGUAUUGAUUCAUACACGGUAUAUAAAUCGUUUCCCCGAAAUUGUAACAUGGGUAUAUUAUUGUAAUGUUAUAUUAAGUGAUAAGAAGGAAUCGUAUGUAAGAACAUUUGGUAAUGCAUAUACCAGCAUAUACCUACGUAUGGUAAGCAUAUGUAAGUGGAAGGGGCGGGGCCGCGCCACCUGCCUGCUCCCCGCACCUCACCCGCCCUACCGCACCUCUCCUUAUUUAUUGACGACCUCUGCUGAGGCUCCGUCUGAUGUCUACAUUGCAACAACAUACAACCAUAUUGAUUUACAUGUACGAGUAGUAUUUUGUUUGAGUUUAAUUUAUAUGGUUCUAUGGAUUGAAAUAAACGUUAAUUGUUGUAAUUAUGUUUAAUUGUUUUUUUUGUGGGGGCGGGGCGGGCCAGCCGCGCCAGCGGCAGUGAUAUGAACGGACUGUCACCGUAGGUACUUAAUGUUUCGAGCGCUGGAUGUAGCGACUAGCGACCUCACGGCCUCUAGUGGGCCGCUUUACAAGCCGCUGAUACGUUUUCUCGAUCGGUGUUUUAUGUAAUAAAUUGUGGUAAAGUACCUUGCACAUAA